CUGAGAAGCUAACACCAGAAAAUCGUCAAUUUCUCCAAUCUUUGGGGUUUAAAGUCUUACAAUAAUGGAUAUACUUAAUGUAACAGAAAAACUCUAUGUAGACAAUUCAAUAGUUAGUACUGAAUUACAUACAUAUCAGCCAUUGAUCUCUUCGAAAUUCGAUUAUAACGAUGAAAUACGAAUACCAAUUCAAGAACUUGAUGCUUAUACGCUACCUUCAGAAAGUCUUUUAUAUAUUGAGGGAGCUCUUUUAAAUAAUGAAGGCAAAUACACAAAAAAAUUAAAGUUUGUUAAUAACGGCAUUGCAUUUCUAUUUAGAGAAAUUCGCUUUGAACUUAACGGGGUUACUAUAGAUUCUGUAAGGAAUGUUGGGUUAGCUUCAACUUUAAAAGGAUACCUUUCUUUCAAUACCAAUGAGAGCAUUAAACUGCAGAAUGCUGGAUGGUUCCCAGACAGAAAAGAAGGUGAUAGAAUCUUGGUAGAUGACAAUGGAAAAUUUAAUGUAUCUAUACCCCUAAAAAUACUUCUUGGUUUCUUUGAAGAUUAUAAGAAAAUUAUUUUAAAUAUGAAACAAGAGUUGGUCUUAAUUAGGGCUAGUAAUGACUUAGAUGCCGUUUUCUUUAAAGAUGAUACAACCCCUCCAACAACUACUGUUGAAACGCCAAUGGUUUCAAUUGAUAAACUAUUUUGGAAAAUCCCUCAUAUUACAGUCGAUAUUCCUCAACAACUUGCUCUAACUAAGAUAUUAGAAUCAAACAAAGAACUUUUAAUUGGAUUUCGAAGUUGGGAAAUUAUUGAAUAUUCCUCAUUACCUGGAGACCACUCGUCACACAUGGCCAGUAAAAACCACUAG